GGAAGCAUGAUGUGCACCUUCAUGACCGCCUGGGUAACCCUGCACGCGCCCUCCAAAACCGAAUCCCCCAAAACCGAAGCCGGCAUCUACGACACCCUCACCUUCUUCUCCCCCCUAUUCGGAGGAAUAACCAACGUCCUCCUCAUCCCCCUCCUAAUUUACACCUUCUCCCCCUCCAGCGGUGGCCACAUCAGCCCCACAAUAACCCUCGCCACCUUCUUCGCGCGCAUGAUCUCCUUCCCACGCAUGGUGUUGUAUCUCGGCGGGCAGACCUUCGGCGGCGCACUGGCUGGUUUCGCAAUGCGCACUGCGUAUGGGAGUCGCGAGUUUACAGUUGGCGGGUGCUAUGUUGAUACGGAGAUGGUGCCGGUGAAGGAUGCGCUGGUGAUUGAGUUUAUGAGUUGUUUGGUGUUGGUUUAUGUGGCGUUUGGGGUUGCUUUGGAUCCGAGGCAGGCUAGUUUGUUUGGACAUGCGGCGUCACCGUGGUUGGUGGGACUUGUGUUGGGGAUUGUUAGUUGGGGGUCUGCGUUUACGAGGGAGGGGUACAUUGGUGCUAGUGUCAAUCCCGCACGGUGUUUUGGGGUUUAUGUUGCGUCGUCGUUUCCGGGAUAUCAUUGGAUUCAUUGGAUCGGGCCACUCGCUGCUUCCAUUGGUCAUGGAUUAAUUUACUAUCUUGAUCCGCUCUGGGUUGAUCCCAGGCCGAAGAAUGCAUAGUUGAAUAACUGUAUAUAUAAUGAAUGCAUGCAUCAGAAGAUACUUGUCUUUACUUCGAUAGCCAUUCAAACAACCAAGAAAAGUACAGAAUAUAUCUGUACAGACGUUGCCAAUAUAACGGAGAUCUCAGAACAAAAUCAUCGAUGCUCAAUUUUCUUCUUUGCGCUCGCCUUCAGAUAACCCUGAUUGCGACGUCUGCCAAUACCUGAUCACACAUCCAUUUUUCUCAUUCAUCCACUCCUCCAAACUUACGACUCAUCAGUGAUCUCG